AUGGAUCACCCACCUCAAUCCCAGGGAUUGACUCAUCUUUCUCCUGAUCUGAACUCUGGGCCCAAGCUCAAUUCUUACCUGCAACCGCAGCAAAGUCCUCUUCCAGGGCGCUUCAACGAGGAGUGGGACGCCAGCCGGCGCGGAAGCUCCAUCAUCGACGGCCCCCGUGGCCAAAGCCCCCCAGUCAUGUCUGCCUCUGCCGCCGCCGGGCCAUCGGCCAUGCAGCGCUCCAACUCGGUCAACAGCUAUGCGGCUGGCGAUGAUCGGGCCCUGCCUCAGAGAGGCAAUACGUUGAAGAAGAAGGCUUCGCUACGGCGCAGUGGCACCGGCAGCAUGGUGCGAUCCAGCAGCCGUCGCAGCGCACGAGCUGGCAGUGUCAGGAGCCUUGCCCUCCAGACUGCGACGGAUCCCGACGAGCUGCACAGCGCCUUCUUCUGCCCGGUUCCCACAAACGGCAAUCCCACCGAUGUGCUCGCUGCUAGAUUCCAGACCUGGAGAAAAAUGCUGAAAGACCUCAUCGCAUACUAUCGUGAGGUACAAUCUCACUAUGAGCAAAAGUCCAAGUCGCUCGCCAAGCUCUCAAGCGUCGCCAACAACAUUUCGAACCCGACUUCGUUCCUCCAAACCGCCGGCAUCGACGAUGCUCUUCAGAUUAUCCGCAACUAUAACAAGCAAGCCCUUCAAGAGGCCACAAAGGCCAAGGAAAUCGAAGAGGAUGUCAUCCUAGCGCUUACUGGACUGAGAAGCGACCUGCAGCAGAAAAUCAAGGAAAUCAAACACCUGGCCGGUGACUUCAAGAACUCUGUUGAAAAAGAAAUGGACGGCACCGGCAAGGCUGUCAAGGUCCUCUCCGAAGCGCUGGGAAAGAACGAGAUGGACACCUCCGCAACAACGGGCAAGCAGGAUCCAUACCUCCUCAGGCUGGCGGUCGAUCGCCAGAUUGAGCGCCAGAUCGAUGAGGAAAACUACCUGCAUCAAGCCUAUCUCAACCUCGAGGGCUCAGGACGCGAGCUCGAAUCCAUCAUUGUGGGCGAAAUUCAAAAGGCCUACAAUGCCUACGCUGGUAUCCUCAAGCGUGAGGCCGACAAUGCUCACAGUGUGGUCGGAGAACUCCGCGAUGGACCAAUUGCGAUGCCCAAGGAUCAGGAGUGGGAGCACUUUGUGGCCAACGAUAACCGAGUGGUCAACCCUAGCAUGCCAUUGCGCUCGGCCGAGCAGAUUCAUUACCCAGGCCAAGACCAUCUCUCGGCGCAAGAAAUCCGCGCCGGAUUACUGGAGCGCAAGAGCAAGUACUUGAAGAGUUAUACAGCAGGAUGGUAUGUACUUUCGACAACGCAUCUCCACGAAUUCAAGUCGGCAGACAAAGCGCAGGCCCCCAUAAUGUCCCUCUAUCUCCCGGAGCAAAAACUAGGAUCCCGCUCCAGCGAAGGAGGCCCUUCCAACAAGUUUCUUCUCAAGGGACGACAGACUGGCGCCAUGCACCGAGGCCAUACCUGGGUGUUCCGAGCCGAGAGCCAUGAUACGAUGAUGGCUUGGUACGAGGACAUCAGGGCCCUGACGGAGACAUCCCCAGAGGAGCGAACGGCAUUUGUGCGAUCUCACUCAAGGCGAAGCACGAGCCGAUCAUCGCACCGGUCAGCUAGCAGCGACGGACUCGAUGAGGAAGAGGACGAGGAGCCAUUUACCGCGACCGAGCAAGACGUCACGCCAGGACCUCGAGCAGACAUAGCCGCGCGGCGACCCCAACCAGGUGGGCGGUUCCCAUCCGAUAUACAAGUCAAUGCACAACGAGGCUUACAGGUGCCUCAAUCCCCGUCUAGCGUAGGAUCCAGCCAGGAGCCACAAGCCGGGGUGAUUGCUGCAGCAACUGCGAUACCAGGAUCAGGCACGGAUGCCUAUGCUCCGGAUAGGUUGACACACCACGACGAAGGCCAUCCAGAGUACGGACAGAGAGGCGAGACCCCGAUAUCAAACGUGCAUGCACAAGCAGUUGCUGCCGACCACGAGGCCCAGGUCGACGGCGUCAACCCAUACACAAGCGAGCCACAACACAAUGCAGCCGCUAUCAACGGUGUAGCUGGGGGGUCCGAGACGAACGAUAUCAACGGCGGACACUACAAAAAUGUCGGAGGCGCAGGAGCUCUCUCCCCGGAUGCAAUUCCCAGGUCUGAGGUUCAGCCUGAUGAAUCAGGACUGCAAGUUCUUCCCGGCCAGGGAAACUCUGCACAGCCAGUGGGUGGUCUUAACCCGGUUCGCGGAAUCAACGAUGAGAGAGCGGCUAGUUCAGUGACGGUAUCGGACCUACCGAUGCCAGGCAGCUUUCCUUGA